GACUCCAGCAGGACCGAUGGACCCGGGGAUGUGGCUGCUCCAUCUGCUGCUCAGGGCAGGGACCGUCCCUGUGCUGGGCACUGCUGAGGGGCACCUCAAGGACUGUGUCUAGUUCUGGGUUUCUCAAUUCGGGACAGAUUUUACCGAGAUGAUGAGGGCGCUGGGGUAUCCCCGGCUCAUCUCCAUGGAGAAUUUCCACACCCCAAACUUCAUGCUUGUGGCAGAAGUGCUGCUGUGGCUGGUGAAAAGGUAUGAGCCUCAGACUGAUAUUCCUGCCGAUGUGGAGACGGAACAGGACCGGGUUUUCUUCAUUAAGGCCGUGGCUCAGUUCAUGGCUACCAAAGCUCACAUCAAGCUCAACACUAAGAAGCUGUACCAGGCAGAUGGGUAUGCAGUGAAGGAGUUGCUGAAGGUCACCUCUGUGCUCUACGGGGCCAUGAACACCAAGGGAGUGGAGCGUGCAGACCUCAGAGAGGAAGACUAUGGCAAGUUCAAGUUGGAUCUCGGCUCAAAAAUUGCUGACCUGAAGGCAGCCAGACAGCUGGCUUCUGAAAUCACCUCCAAAGGAGCAGUUCUCUACGACUUACUCGGCAAAGAAGUGGAACUCAGGGAAGCAAGAACAGAAUCUAUUGCCAGACCUUUGGAGAUAAAUGAGGCUGAGAAGGUGAUGAAAAUUGCCAUUGACAGUGUUCUGGAACAAGUCCAGAAGACUAAAGACAUGUUGAAUAACGUGGCUUUGGAUGAAGCCAAUCUGGAAGCCAAGAUCGAAAAGCGAAAAUUGGAACUGGAAAGGAGCCAGAAGAGGCUGCAGACUCUACAGAGUGUCCGUCCUGCUUUUAUGGAUGAGUACGAGAAGAUUGAGGAGCAGCUGCAGAAACAGUACAGCAGUUACCUGGAGAAAUUCCGCAAUCUGGCCUACAUGGAGCAGCUCCUGGAUGAUCAUCGACGGGCAGAGCAAGAGCUGUUUGAGGAAGCAGCAAACAUGCUACGACUUACCCAGAACAGGCUGAAGGAAGAGGAGCAACACCUGCUAAAGAGUGAAGGUCACGACGAUUCUGACAUCGACAUUCGGGAGGAUGAAGGGUCUGACAGUGACCUGGAUGGGCAGCUCACCAAGCAGCACCCCAGCACAGAAGCUCUGCUGCAAGGAAGGACCGGCACACGGGUGGUGGGAACAAUGCAAGGUGAAGACACGGAGGAAGAUGGGACCCUUGCCCCAGCACGGCCAGGCUCGCACAAGGUCACCACCAAGGCACAGGAGGACUCGGGGGAUAGUGAGAUUGACCUGGAUGAAGAUGACGAUGAGGAGGAUGAUCUGGAAGAUGACAGCAUGGAAAUCUCCCCAAGCAAAUCCCGUCACCGAGCAAGGAAGCCAGAGCCACUGGAGCAAAGUGAUAAUGACUUCUGACUCUUCAGUAGCAUCUUGAAACACAAACUUUGGAGAAAAUGCAGGCCAGGAGCAAACAUCCUGCCCUCUGAAAAGCAGCAUGAAUUCAGGAGCUGGUAAAUAAUGUUCAUUAAACUUAAAAAUUAAACUUGGAUUGCCAGGCUUGUGACUCUCAAAGCAUGAGCAUUUUAUCCAUCAUGAGAAUCACAGUAAUGUGAUGUUAUUUCCAUAAUUGCACUAAACUGGCUCUCAUGCACUGCAGUGCCAGAAGUCUCACUCCAGUGAGCACUGUGUGCCUCAUUGCCCUGCAUUUUAUUAUGUCCAAACAGACUUUUUUGGCUUAAUAAAACUGGAUGAAAAGCUGCUCUAGGAA